UUUUUAUUCUGAUACCAUGUAAUUUUGUUAUUCUUUACUCACGAAGUAGAGUUUUCUGUUAUUAACAGUCACUUACAACCAUGUUAAUUGUUGUAUGUCUGAUAAACCAUUUACUUUUCUAUUCUGUAUAAUGGGGUUAUUUAAUACUAGGUAUAUUAAGAUGGUCUAAUAAAUAUUUUGAUAGCCAGAGAGAUUUACAAGGCUUUUAGGGACAAUAUGUAACUUCCUGCAACGUGAAAAUUGUAGGUUUGUUUUUUAUUGUGCUGUAAUGCCUGUAUGCAGAAGGGGUGAUUUUGCUUAGUCAUGGGGCAGUUUUAGCUUAUUGGCAGCGUCGCUGAGCUAUAAAUCAGGAACAACAUGCGUCGCUUCCCGGAACGGGAUGCGAGUGCUUGAGACGAGACGGCGAUUUGUUUGGAGAGCACUUUUGCCUUGACCCUACGAGUUUUUCUGCAAUGUCGUUUUAUUACUGUUACAUAAAUUGGGAAUAGACAUUGAAGAAGCUGUGAGAACCGGACGCAGUUGCUGGAUCGCUGUUUUUUUGUACUGGCCUUUUUUUUGCCGUAAAAGAUUCCGUUGGCUUUUCAUAAAACGUUAAUCCCUUCAAUUGCUUUGUUCUUUUUAAAGUUUGAGCUGGUGUUGACUGUCAAAACUCAGCAUCCUUGAACAUGGCUUCUGUACGAGAACAAGGGAGUCCGCUUCAGCUGGGAAUGCUGUACGACUGCAGAAAUGAUUCAAUAGUACCAGAUUUAAAGUUUAAGCUGAUUUUAUCUGGAAAAACACUGAAUUCCCACGAGGACUUCAUAACUCGUCUUAACCAAAGAGUUCACCUGAAGGAGGUGAAUACAGAGGAUGAGUGUGAUUUCAUUCUGUUUUUCUGUCCAAUUGUGUCACGACCUGGAACUGACAUUGAAGCAGCAAUGAAAAGUGUACACCAUAUUUCAGACACCAAACCUGUAGUCCUGGUGGUGCUCCAUCACACAUUUAAUACAGAGUGUGUUGUUCCAGACAGCAUCAAAUGUGUAAACAGAAAGAAUAUGAUCGCAGUCGACUGUCUGUUCUAUGAAGAUACAGGAUUACUGCAGUGUGUGAAGAAUAAUGAAUCACUGGAAAAAACUUCACAAUAUCUGAGUGCAGUGAAAGAAAUGGAAACCAGUACAAAUAAAUUGGACACACUGGGACAGGAGCUGCAGGACAAGCAGAGACAACUACAGGACACAAUGAUCAUAGUGGAGCAACAGAAAUCUGAGUUAGCAGAAAAAAACCAACAGCUUGAAGAGAAAGACAGACGUCUGACAGAAAAUACACAAACACUUCAGCAGAAAGACAAGACACUGGAAGGGGAGACAGAGCUCAAACAGACAAGAGCUGAACUGGACAAAACAAUUAAGGUGUUACAAGACAGUCAUCGACACGUGGAGGAGAAAAACACACAACUAGAGAAUCUGAACAAACUGCUGAAGGAGAAAGAAACACAGCAGAAAUAUGAGGUAACAGAAAAAAAACAACUUCAAGAGAAAGACAGACUUCUAACUGAGAGAGAGACACAGCUAAUGAGAAGAGACAAACAGCUUAAGGAGAAAGACAGACUUCUGACAGAAAAUACAGAAACAUUUCAGAAGAAGGACAAGACACUAGAAGAGAAGGAGAAACAGCACAGUGAAGUAAGAGAAGAAUUGAGAAAAUCAAAUAUUACGUUAGAAAAGAAUCAGACACAAUUAAAGGACAAAGAGAGACAAGUGGUGAGUGUGGUGAAAGAACUGGAAACCAGUACAAAUAAACUGGACACACUGGGACAAGAGCUGCAGGACAAGCAGAGGCAACUACAGGACAUGAUGAUCGUAGUGGAGCAACAGAAAUCCGAGUUAGCAGAAAUAAAACAACAGCUUAAAGAGAAAGAGAGUCUUCUAACUGAGAGAGAGACACAGCUAAUGGGAAGAGACAAAGAGCUUCUGAAGAAGGACAAGACACUGGAAGAGAAGGAGAAACAGCUCAAACAGACAAGAGCUGAACUGGACAAAACAAUUAAGGUGUUAAAAGUCAGCCAGAGACAGGGCACACAAUUAAAACAGGAGAAAAAAGAAAAAGAAGAAGAAGACGAAGAAGAAGAAGAAGAAGAAGAAGAAGAAGAAGAAGAAGAAGAAGAAGAAGAAGAAGAUGCAAACACAGAAAAGAUGAAAGACAUAUUUUUAGGAAAUAAGGUUUUUGUUCUUGUCACUGGAAAUACAUUAAAUGUUCAUAAGAGAUUCAUGGAACAUCUUAAACAACAAAAACCAGAUCUGCAGGAGGUGAAAAAUGUAGCUGAGUGCGAUUACGUUCUGGUUUUCUGUCCUAUUGCGUCACGAGCUGGAACCGACAUUAAAGCGGCAUUGAAAAAGCUUCAGGAUAUUGCAGGUUCCAAACCUGCUGUUCUAGUGGUGCUCCAUCACACGUUUGAUAAAGAUUGUGUUGUACCAGACAGCAGCAGAGCUGUAAAAAGGAAGAAUUCACUCACAGUAGACUGUCUGUUCCAUGAAGAUCAAGGAUUAUUUCAGUGUACAAGAAAUGCUGAAUCACUGGGGAAAAUUCUAAGCAUUAUAAAACCUGAGCAAACAGAUAACAUGAAGAUUGGACAGUCCAGUAGAGAAUCUGACAAAGCUUCUGAAAGUCAAAAUGCCCCUCAGAAUAUCGGGAAUGGUGACGUGCAAAAUGAACAAAAAGCCUCUGAUGGAACACUCGCUGCCAGUGCAGAUGACAUGGAAGUAGAACCAGAAAAGAUGACAGACAUCUUUUUAGGAAAUAAGGUUUUUGUUCUUGUCACUGGAAAUACAUUAAAUGUUGAUAAGAAAUUCAUGGAACAUCUUAAACAACAAAAACCAGAUCUGCAGGAGGUGAAAAAUGUAGCUGAGUGCGAUUACGUUCUGGUUUUCUGUCCUAUUGCGUCACGAGCUGGAACCGACAUUGAAGCGGCAUUGAAAAAGCUUCAGGAUCUUGCAGGUUCCAAACCUGCUGUUCUAGUGGUGCUCCAUCACACGUUUGAUAAAGAUUAUGUUGUACCAGACAGCAGCAGAGCUGUAAAAAGGAAGAAUUCACUCACAGUAGACUGUCUGUUCCAUGAAGAUCAAGGAUUACUUCAGUGUACAAAAAAUGCUGAAUCACUGGCAAAAAUCCUAAGCAUUAUAAAACCCAAGGAGUCAUGUGGGACUUAUUUGUACUACUUAAAUCCUUUUAAUUGGUUUUCUCAUGGCAGUAAGGACCAAAGCCAGCAUGAAAAAGGGACAGAAAAGAAACAAGAUCAAGAAAAAAAUGAGAAAGGGAGAAAUGACGCUUGGAAAAGUCCAUCAAAAAACAUUGUCCCUGCGGGAGAGAAGAUGAACCAGGCUGAUGCAUCUUCAGCUGAUUUCACUGCAAACCAGGAGAAUGAGAGCAUGGAGGUGGAGGUGGCUGGGAGAAAGGCGACUGUUGUGGAGACCCCUGACUUUUUCUCAGCUGAACCUGCUCAGGAGAACAUUUAUAAUGAAUUAUAACCACGUGUGCAAUCAUUUAAGUUAUGAUGCAAAAAUAUACGGUUUAGCUAGUGGGAGAAUGUGAGAAUCUCUGAAAUCUGUACAAUGAAAAAGUGCACAAUGUAUUUUGUGUGUUCAUCUUUAAAAGCAUCGAAAUCUCAGUGAGGGAAAUUCAAAGCAUUGAGUGUUUUGAAAAAGUGAAGUUUUACAGCAUGCGUUACUGAUAUGUUGUGUUUUUUCUUUUUGGAGUCAUGCGGACUUAUUUGUAUUACUUAAAUCCUUCGAAUUGGUUUUCUCAUGGCAGUGAGGUAAAACGCUUUGCUUUGAUAUUGUACUAAUACAAUAUACUGAAAUAUUAGCACAACUAGAUGGCACUAAAGGGAAGAUAAGUAAAGAUACUAUUUACCAUUCUGAAAACAUACUGAUUUAAACUUCAUUCUUAAGUCAUUGUAUUAGGCAACGAUGUAAAAUUUUGCAGUUGAUUGACAAUAGUAAUCAAGUAAUACAGUAGGUUCUCUGGCUUAAAUUUUAAUUUAGCUUUUAGACAAUAACCAGUCUGCCAUAUUUUCUGUACUGUAGGUCCAAAGCCAAAGUAAUGAUCCAAAAACAAAUGAGAUAGGUAAGCAGUGGUUUUUCCAUGUUUCCUAUGUUCCAUGAAGAAGAUGUCCAUAAUUUUUUUUAUAUUUUGUGCAGUUACAAUCCAACUUUAUUUAAAUAUAUAGAAUUCUGUUUGACUAGUCAGGUGACCUAAACAAGUUUAAUCCAAAAUUUAAUAUCAUGAAAAAGGGUUAAUCUAUAAUGUUAAUAACAUUCAUCUGAAGUGUUAAUAGAGAGUUCAUAUUCAUAAUUCUGUGAUGUAUUUUCUAAAUCUAUGCUUAAGUUAAUACAAAAAUUAUUAAGGUACAUGAAUGUAAUUUUCUAGUUUAAGAAGUCCCUACCUGCAACUAUUAGCCUGCAACAAGCCUCCAAAUCCUCAUUACACUGCAUGCAAUUUCUUGAAAACUCUUUAUUUUACAGAUUCUGUUCAGAGGAAUUUGUUAUUAGGUAGAAAUGCUUGUAAAACUUCAUCAAAAAACAUCAUCCUAGGGAGAGACGAGAUGAACCAGACUGAUGAACCUAUAGCUGAUUUCACUGUCAUCCACAAGACUGAGAGCAUGAAGGAGGAGGUGGCUGGGAGAAAGGUGACUGUUGUGGAGACCCCUGACUUUUUCUCAGCUGAACUCUCUCAGGAGAAAAUAAGAAAGGAUGUCCAAGAAGCUAUCAAUUUGUCUAAGCCCGGACCCCAUGCCUUGAUCCUGAUAAUACCUGUAAAGCUUUCAGAAGACAACAAAGUUAUUGUAGAGGAUUUAAAAGUUACUUUUUUAAAGAUGGAAGAGAUCUUUGUAGAGAGGUUCUGGAAACACACCAUGAUCAUAUUCAGUGUUAGUAAUGAACCUCUGAAGAUGAAGAUUGAGGAGUUUAUCCAAUCAGGAGACCAGGAGGUCCAGACACUUGUACAGAAAUGUGAGUACGAGUGUGACUUUCUCAUGACAAAGGACAACAAAGUUGGUCCUCAGGACUUAGAGUAUCUGCUGGAGAAGAUAGAUAA